AAUCACACACAGACGCACUUCUUAUGCUUCUCAUCAAUAACCCUUCACUUUACACAAUAAGAGAACAAAUAUCCAUCCCCCAAAGAAGUAAAGAUUUGGUGAUCGAAGAAGAAGAAUGAGAAGCAGCACUACUACUACUACUACUACACAAGGAGAAGCCUCCUCCUCAUCCAUUAUUAGGGCCCCAAAAAGAGGAGCCUAUAGGCAACAUGGGAUAGCAAAACGCACAAGGGUUAUAAGAAUCAUAGGAAGAAGCUUGUUGUGUGCAAUAAUGCUUUUGGGUAUUGCAAUCCUCACAUGUUGGUUUGUUGUCAUCCCCAGAACCCCACAGCUCAUGGUGGAAAGUGGCCAAGUCACAGGCUAUCAUUCAACUAUUAGAAAGCUCAAUGCCACCAUAGUUUUCAAUAUCAGGAGCUACAACCCUAACAAAAGAGCCUCCAUUUACGUGGAUUCUAUGAAGAUGACAGUCAAAAACUAUAUGAGCGUACCAUUUCACUCUGACAUCCCCAACUUCACGAUGACACCUCGAAACAUGACUGUCUUGACCCCCACCAUCCUUGUCAACUGCAUAUAUCCGUUUGGGCGUCCGUUGCAUGCAGGUUGGAUACAUAUUGAGCUUAGCUUCUCAGCUAAAGUCAGUUACAUUUUCAACAGAUGGGCAUCAAAACCUCGGUUGAUGGAGAUCUAUUGUAAUCACUUCUGGUUUAAGAUCGAUGAUUCUAUGCCUAAUUUUGACAACAUCAAAUGCCAAGUGGAUCUUUGAGAGGUUUGAUCUAAGACCAUGUUUACAUGGAAUAAAAAGUAAUCCACCAAUGGUAAUACAAGGAGUGGGCCUUAGUCGAUUACUUUACUUUUGUUGUUAUUUACUUGCUUUUUGUAAUUAUAUAUUGCUUUUUGUAAUUAUAAUGUGAUGCAACACCCACCUUCAAAUUACAAUGGCAAAUCUAACUUUUUGUAAUUACAUUGCCUUUUGUAAUUACAAUGUGAUGCAAGACUCACCUUCAAAUUA